AUGAUCUUGUUGGGGGGGAAAUGCACUGAGGCCGUAGUGUGUGCUGGUGUAGGAGGGGAUGGACAGAAUAGUGGCAAAUGGCUUGGCGUUGUGCAGGGAGAGAUGGUUUUGCUUCAGGGGGCAACGAUCCUCAUCCGCAGCCAACUGUUCUGCAAGUUUCUCGGCACUCAAGAGCCUCAGCGUGGUAGGCUUGCGGCGUCGACUAGAAUUCCACAGGCCGACUUUAGCUAUGCCAAGUCCCAUUCUAUGGCGAUGGAGGGCAUCAUUUCGACAGAUUAUGUGUUUCGUCGCAUUUACCGUGGAUUCGACACCAUUUGGCGUAUGAAUAUUAGCACGGCUGCAAGAAGGGCGCAUCUUGUGCACUCCUCGUUCCAUCAGCGAUGGAGGCCUGUAAACGUCCAGGCUAGCGGAUGCUCCAUAUGUGUACCCCAGAGCUUGGAUAUCCUUUGUCUUGUCUCUUACGUUUGUGUAUAUCUGACGACACGGAUCGUCGUAGCUGAGGUUGGUGUCGUCGACGAAAGGCUGGGGAGGGAAGUCGGAAGCGAAGUGGUUUUCGGAAUGGAACUCGAUGAACCGCCCGCCAUUGAAUCCUUGUUAGCGUAA